CAGACGUCAUGUCUACGUAUGUAUUUACCGUGCAAAGUGUAACGUUUAAAACGGCGGUGCGGUCACGUGACGAACGGAAGUUGCUGAGUACUUCCGGAACCAAAACAACGAGCAACGGAAAGGAUGUCUCACUCUGACUUCUUUUUAAGAAUCCGGAAGUAGCACAAGGGCCAUUGUUUUGUAGUUGGGACAAAACACGCCAACAUGUCUCUAUUUAAUUUUCACUUUCAUAUUUAGUGUCCACAUUUUCACCGAGUGAUGCGGAUAACGUGACUUUGGCGUGAGGACGCCGGAGUGAGACGUCAUCCCUUAAACACGCGAUCUUGGGCGCUAGCUGCACCGUCGCUAUGAGGCCCAGAGAAGACGCCAUGAUGACUUCCAUCGUGCAGAGGAUCGCACGGCAGGCGCUCGUCACCUUCCGGAGCCUGCCGGGGCUCGGCGCGCAGGCCGCCAAGUGCUUCGCGGAGAACCACGACAAGCUGCACGGCCUCAUGAGCGAGGUGCGCGCCGCCGACCUGAAACUCGCGCCGCCCGCCGCGCCCCCUCCCCGCGGGGCGCCGCCGGUCACGUACAUGCACAUCUGCGAGACGGAGCACUUCAGCAUGGGCGUGUUCCUGCUGAAGAGCGGCGCCUGCAUCCCCCUGCACGACCACCCGGGCAUGCACGGCCUGCUCAGGGUCAUGUACGGCAAGGUGCGCAUCAGCUGCUACGACCGGCUGGAGUCCUCCUCCCCGCCGCCAGGUGGCGCGCUGCGGCGCUGCCUGCCGCGCUCCAGGGGCGAGUACACGCAGGACAGCGAGCCGUGCCUGCUGGCCCCCGAGCGGGACAACCUGCACCAGAUCGACGCGGUGGACGGCCCCGCCGCCUUCGUGGACAUCCUGGCCCCGCCCUACGACCCGGACGACGGGAGGGACUGCCACUACUACCGGGUGCUGCCAGAGGCGGAGCUCGGGGACCCGCAGAGCCGGGAGGUGUGGCUGAUGGAGAUCUCGCAGCCCGUCAGCUUCUGGUGCGGGACCGAGCCCUACCCGGGCCCCGAGGUACGCCUCUGACCCGGGCGCGCAGGGUGACGUCACCACGGACUGACCCGGCGUGUCAGGUGACCCACGUGCGGACUGUUUGAUAUGAUCCAACGCCAUCUCUGUGUAGUAAUUGAUGAACUUUGGCCAUGUCGAUCAGCGGUUCUCAAACUUUGUUCACCAAGUACCGCUUGGCUCGCCCAACGUUAAAACGCAGUAGCGUAGCAGGUCUAAGUAUUCAUUAGUAACUCCAUGUGUCAGGUUCAAACUGACGACAUCUAUUAAACAUGGGCUUGGGCUGGUCCUGGCUUCAGCCUGGGCAGGUCUUGGAUGACAAUAGAUAACCCCCCUCCCGUCUCCUCCCAUCGUACACAAUGGAAUUUUCCAAGCCUUUGCUUGGUGCAACAAAGACAGCCUCUUGUCUGUUCAUUGGGAACUCAGAACGGAAAGUUUUUGAUCAUUUAAAUACAAAUUUUCUGACACCAUGUGCAGUACAUAUCGGCGUGCCACGGUUUGAGAACCCCUGAUCGGGAUAACGGGAAUAACGUCAACAUGGCGACGACUGCUGCUGUCCGAUUAAUGCUCCCUUUACCCCCUGCGCAACGCUGCUAGUUCCACUGUGACCGCCUCCAAACAUUUCAGUGUGAAAGACGAGGAAUGAAGGAGUUUGUAAGUAGCUACCACGUGGCGCUAAUAAACACCAUUCAAGUCCGA